AUGUGGAUGGAGAACGGCUGGGUCAAGACGAACGAAACAGUUUGGGAUUGCGAAGUCAUCAGCAUCGACAGUACCGACGUUUCGUCUGACUCCGGUGCCGGGAAUGUCGCUGACACUGGUGCUUCGUCAGACUCCGCGAGUAGCUCCGAUGUUGCGACAGCCUCCGUUUGCUCGCCGAACGGGGAGUCUUGCGCACUUACCAUGUGUUGCGCUGAGGUUGGGUCGAAGUGCUACAAGAAGAACGACCAUUGGAGCUCGUGCAACCAAACUUGCCAUCGACAGUACCGACGUUUCGUCUGA